UUUUUGGUAAAACAAAAAUAAAAUUACCAAACCCUAGAACACACAAAACACAAAUCGGUGAUCCGCUACUUAAUCAAAGAUCAAUUCACCCCCAAAACAGAUUGUCGAAUCCCACUGCUACACGGUUUUGAAGAAAAAGGUGUGGCAGGUUUCGGGUGAUUUGUUCAUAACUUCUAACCUAGCAUGAAGUUCCAAAAGGGGAGCAGAGUGGAGGUUAUGAACAAGACGGAGCUGCCUACAUCAUGGUGUGUUGCUGAAGUUGUUUCUAGGAAUGGGCAUACUUAUAGUUUGAGGUACUAUUGUUACCCAGGUGUUGAGAAGGUGUCUAGGGAGUUUAUUAGGCCUUGUCCUCCUCGUGCAAAAGAUUUACAGAGUUGGAUGGCUGGUGAUAUUGUGGAAGUGUUUGAUGAUAAUUCAUGGAAAACUGCAACCGUGUGCAAUGUUUCGGAUGCAGGUCAUUUUUCAUUAAGGCCUCAUGGGUUCACUCAUGAGAUAAAUGUCCACAAAUCAAACAUCAGGGCUCGACAGUCCUGGCAAGAUGGCCAAUGGGUUCCAAUUGUAAAGAUUUCAGGAAACUACGGAGAUGUGAAUGUCAACCAGAUGGUGGAACCAGAUUGUGGCGCAAACUUAGGCCUACAGAUACCAGUAGCUGAUGCAAAAAUCUGUCAGGAAAAGGACAAUUGCUUAGUUGUCUACAAUGAUGCUGGAUUACAGGAGUCUCGUGUGCUUUCUUCUAAGACGCUGAAAAGAGCUUCCCCCUUUUGCUCUCCUCAUCUUGAAGCUUCUCCUGGAAAUGCUAAAAGAUUCAAAGCAACUGAGAAAGAACAGAGAAGAAGAUUCAUCACAGACCAGUCAUUGGAAAAGGGCCACAAUUGGAGACAUGCAUCUCUUGCUUCCAAAGGUCCAAACAAGUUUUUGGGUUCUGCUGUCAUUCUCUUGGAAAAAGCAGUGGGAUAUUCUCAACAUCCAUUUUGCUACAGAUAAGAAUGUUAGCCUUGAUAUGUUGCUGAAAGAAUCGAAGAGAUGAUCAUGCUGGUAACGGUGUUUAUGCUCAAUUUGUUUUGCAUGUUUCUUUUUUAAAGCUUGGGGUCUACAAAAUAGCUUCUCUACCCUCGGGUAUAGGUGACGUCUACUUACAUUUUACUCAUACCAGACCCUACACUCCAUGUUGGACGCGCACCGCAUUUGAUUGGUUUAUCUAUUUUUUUCCCUUC